AAGGAGCCUGCAAAAUCGUUUGCUCAGUUUGGAUCCUACAAACAAGCUGAAUGGAGACCCGAUAGUACCACGAUCGCUGUGUCAACGGCACAUGGCUACAUCUUAUUUUUUCACAUUAUGUCAGCAAGAGGGGACAAGUACCUUUAUGAACCCGUGUAUCCCAAAGGAAGUCCACAUACGAAGAGCACACCCCAUUUUAAGGAAGAGCAGUGUGCACCAGCAUUAAAUAUAGAGAUGAAGAAAAUACUGGACUUGCAAGCACCUAUCAUGAGUUUGCAGUCUGUGCUCGAAGACCUCCUGGUGGCUACUUCUGAUGGACUUCUUCAUCUCAUUCACUGGGCAGGCAUGACAAACGGAAGGAAAGCCAUUAAUCUUUGCACAGUGCCCUUCUCCGUAGACCUGCAGUCAUCCAGAGGUUCGUCCCUGGGCUUUGCGGGUGUAUACAUCAGAGAUAUGGAAUACUGUGCCACGCUGGAUGGGUUUGCCGUGGUGUUCAAUGACGGCAGAGUGGGAUUUAUCACCCCGGUGUCAAGUAGAUUCACUGCGGAGCAGCUUCAUGGAGUGUGGCCCCAAGAUGUUGUUGAUGGAACAUGUGUGGCUGUAAAUAACAAGUAUCGACUAAUGGCAUUUGGUUGUGCAAGUGGUUCUGUGCAGGUUUACACCAUCGAUAACACCACGGGCGCCAUGCUGCUCUCUCAUAAACUAGAGCUGACUGCAAAGCAAUAUCCUGACAUUUGGAACAAAACUGGAGCUGUUAAACUGAUCAGAUGGUCUCCUGACAGCAGUGUUGUCACAGUGACCUGGGACUACGGGGGCCUCUCCUUAUGGAGUGUGUUUGGAGCCCAGCUCGUUUGUACGCUCGGAGGGGAUUUCGCUUACAGGUCUGAUGGUACCAAAAAAGAGCCCCUUCAGAUCAGUUCUAUGAGCUGGGGUGCUGAAGGUUAUCACCUGUGGGUGGUCGGUGGCUUCGGUUCUCAGAACUCUGAAGCGGAGCCUGACCUCAGGAACGUAGCUCGGCAGCCUGGCAUCUUGCUCUUCCAGUUUCUCAAGAGUGUGCUCGCCAUCAACCCGUGUAUGAGCAACCAAGAGCAGGUGCUGCUGCAGGGGGAAGACCGCUUGUACUUGAACUGCGGGGAGGCCUCCCAGGGCCAGAGUCCCCGGGGCUCCUCCGUCCACCCCAAGCAUGCACUCCAGCAGGAGAAGAGCCCAUUUGCCGAGGGAGGUUUAGAGUCUCCGGGUUUAAGCGCGUUGCUUGGGCAUCGGCACUGGCACGUUGUACAGAUCUCAAGCACCUAUCUAGAGAGCAAUUGGCCUAUACGGUUUUCAGCAAUUGAUAAGCUGGGGCAGAACAUUGCAGUGGUUGGCAAGUUUGGCUUUGCACACUACUCGUUACUCACCAAAAAGUGGAAACUCUUUGGAAACAUUACCCAGGAACAAAAUAUGGUUGUGACAGGAGGCCUGGCCUGGUGGAAUGAGUUCAUUGUCCUUGCAUGUUACAGCAUAAGUGACCGUCAAGAAGAGCUGCGUGUGUACCUGCGGACAUCGAAUCUGGACAAUGCAUUUGCGCAUGUCACCAAAGCCCCAGCAGAAACCUUGCUGCUGAGUGUCUUCCGGGACAUGGUGACCGUGUUCCGAGCAGACUGUUCUAUAUGCCUCUACAGUAUUGAAAGGCGAGCCGACGGCCCCACCACCAGCGCCAGUAUUCACGUGCUGCAGGAGGUCUCCAUGUCACGCUACAUCCCUCACCCUUUCUUGGUCGUGUCUGUCACGCUGACCUCCGUGAGCACAGAGAACGGGAUCGCCUUGAAAAUGCCACAGCAGGCUCAGGACGCGGAGAGCAUCAUGCUCAACCUUGCCGGGCAGCUCAUCAUGAUGCAGAGGGACAGGUCCGGCCCCCAAAUCCGGGAGAAGGAGAGCAGCCCCAACCCGAGGAAGCUUCUGCCUUUCUGCCCGCCGGUGGUGCUGGCCCAGUCCGUGGAGAAUGUCUGGACCACCUGCCGAGCAAAUAAGCAGAAGCGCCACCUGCUGGAGGCCCUGUGGCUGAGCUGCGGGGGCUCCGGCAUGAAGGUCUGGCUGCCGCUCUUCCCUCGGGACCACCGCAAGCCCCACUCCUUCCUGUCCCAGCGGAUCAUGCUGCCAUUCCACAUCAACAUCUACCCCCUGGCGGUUCUCUUUGAGGACGCCCUUGUCCUCGGUGCUGUCAACGACACUCUGCUCUACGACUCUCUGUGUGCCCGGGCCGCCCCGCGGGAGCCGCUUGAGGGGCUAUUCCCCUUCUGCGUCGUGGAGCGGGCCUCGCAGAUCUACCUCCACCACAUCCUGCGCCAGCUGCUGGUCCGCAAUCUCGGCGAGCAGGCCCUGCUGCUGGCCCAGUCCUGUGCUGCGCUGCCCUACUUCCCGCACGUGCUGGAGCUCAUGCUGCACGAAGUGCUGGAGGAAGAAGCUACCUCUCGGGAGCCCAUUCCCGACCCACUGCUGCCCACGGUGGCCAAGUUCAUCACCGAGUUCCCGCUCUUCCUGCAGACAGUCGUCCACUGCGCCCGUAAGACGGAGUACGCCCUGUGGAACUACCUGUUCGCAGCCGUGGGGAACCCCAAGGACUUGUUUGAGGAGUGUCUGAUGGCUCAGGAUCUGGACACCGCUGCCUCUUACCUUAUCAUCCUACAGAACAUGGAAGUCCCUGCUGUGAGCAGGCAGCACGCCACCCUGCUCUUCAACACCGCGCUGGAGCAGGGCAGGUGGGGGCUCUGCCGACACAUGAUCCGAUUCCUCAAAGCCAUUGGCUCUGGCGAGUCGGAGACCCCUCCACCCACACCCUCUGCUCAGGAGCCCAGCCCCGGCGGCGGGGGGUUUGAGUUCUUCAGGAAUCGCAGCAUCAGCUUAUCCCAGUCAGCUGAGAACGUCCCUGCAAGUAAAUUCAGCUUGCAGAAAACGCUCAGCAUGCCUACGGGGCCCUCUGGGAAAAGGUGGAGCAGGGACAGCAGCGACUCCGCAGAGAACAUGUACAUCGACAUGAUGCUCUGGAGACACGCCCGGCGCCUGCUGGAAGAAGUGCGGCUCAAGGACCUCGGCUGCUUCGCUGCCCAGCUGGGCUUUGAGCUCAUCAGCUGGCUGUGCAAGGAGCGGGCCCGGGCGGCCCGCGUGGACAACUUUGUGGGAGCCCUGAAGAGACUCCACAAAGACUUCCUAUGGCCUCUGCCCAUUAUCCCCGCCUCUUCUCUCAGCUCUCCCACCAAGAAUGGGAAGUACCACACAGGCGAGCAGUUGGUAAAGUCUCAGUCGGCUGGCCCUUUUUCAAACCUCAAGAUGGAUGCUGGCACCUCCACAGUCCAGCGGAGUCAGAGCUGGCUUGGCAGCCUUGGCCCCACGCAUCAGGAGGUGGAUGCAGCCUCGUCCUACGGCGCACAGACUCAAGAUGCCUUCCUGUCACCUCUGUUGAAUAAAGGGGAUGAGUGCAGUAUCGGUUCAGCCACGGACCUGACGGAGAGCAGCUCCGUGGUGGACGGGGACUGGAUGAUGGUAGAUGAGAACUUCUCCACCCUCAGCCUGACACAGUCUGAGUUGGAGCACAUCUCCCUGGAACUGGCCAGUAAAGGGCCGCACAAAUCUCAGGUCCAGCUGCGGUACCUGCUGCACAUCUUCAUGGAGGCUGGCUGCCUGGACUGGUGCAUCGUCAUCGGCCUGAUUCUUCGUGAGCCCGCCGUCAUCCACCAGACCUUGGCGGUUAUGCAGUCAUCUGAGGUGGACGGAGAGAUGUUACAGAACAUCAGGACUGGGCUGCGGGCCGUGGACAGAUGGGCCUCCACCGACUGCCCUGGAUACAAGCCAUUUCUCAACGUCAUUAAGCCACAACUACAGAAACUCGGCGAGAUCGCCGAAGAGCAGAUCCAGCCCGAAGCCUUGCAGCCAGCCUCGGUGGGCAAGGCCCCAGAGCAGAGCAGCCCGAGGCCCGAGGAGAGCAGGACCAGCGGCAGCCACGGCGGCCUGCCCCCCAGGGAGGGCGGGGGCAGCAGCUCGGCUAGCCGGAAGGAAGAGGCUGCUGCCCGAGCCAGCGAGGAAGAGUCAUUCCCCGAUGGGGCCUUCGAUUGUUCCGUGUCUUGACGGCGGCGGGGGCACCCUCCCCGGGGGGCGGUGUUGAGUAACAGCCGUGUGUGCAGCACAGCCACUGGCGCCUCUAAGGUGGUCAGGGGGACACUGCUCAGAGAAUGCUGAGGAAAUGCUAGAUUUUACCUGUUUCUCCAAGAAAGAGGUUCUGACGCUGUAAGAACGUGACAUCCAAUCCGCUGGUUCCCGUAAACAUUUGUGAGCCGCCCUGGACAGGAGACUCGCUGGCUUUUACCGUAAAGGUCUGUGGCCUGCAGCCAGAGGGCUGGCGGAGCCCUAGACAAGCAAACUUUCCUGCUCCAGCCCCACCCCCGGUCCUGGGGCGUUCGGACUGCUUUUUUAAAAAACAAUAGAAAAAAAAAAAUCAAACCACAAAGGUGCUGGCUGAGAUCCUCAGGGCCGGGGCUCCCUGUCAGCCCCUCGGACAGCGCUGGACUCCCCACGAGUCCCUAGGGGCCAGUGAGGUGGGGAUCUGCCCUGCCAGUGACUGGUGGGGCGCCCUCCGCAGUGCCGCUGUUGGACACCACUGGACUGCUCUGGAUCGGGGAGUGCGUGCACCUUGUGUGAGUUCUCCGUGUCGUACCUCCAGGCCUCCCCUUGGGGGCCAGGGACACCACCCCCACCAGUGGGGACAGUCUGUGAGGAGGCCAGGCUGUGGGCUGGGCUGUCGAGUCGUGGAAAUGAUCGCCCUGAUCAUGAAAUGAAAGCGGUUUUGUGCACAUGAAUGCCGUUUCUUAUUUAUUGCUUUUUGUAAAUUGAAUAAAAAUGGGCUUUUAUGUAAAUAGACUAUGGAAUCCUGUAUUGUCACGGCUACUAAGAAUGAAUGUGUAAACUGUGUCCAGCAUUGUACCCCUUAAGCUAUUUUAUGUAUUUCAAGAUCCAACUGAAACGUGGGUUUUCAUACCUUAUGGAAACAAAGCUGCCUAUCCCCAGCUGCUGCCACCCACUCUGCUUACAUAUCGGCCGUGUGUCGUUCGAAUUACCUUACCACAGUGUUAAUUUAGAUAGCUUGUUUGUACUGUGCAAUUUGAACAAAGGAAUGCAAUGUUAUUUUUUACAAAAGCAAACUUAUUUUUAUAACAACGAUGUAUUUGAUGUGGACCAAAUUCAUAUUCGUACCACCGUGUGAAACAGCCUCUGUCCUCACAGCGCAGUUACGGGGGGACCUGGACAGGGGCGCCAUCUGCCCUCCUCGGAGUCGCUGCCUCCAGGCCCGGUUCCUUCUGGGUUUCUUGGGAAAGGACGCUCGAAAGCAUUUUGAAACCCUUGGUUCCAAAUCCAUCAAACUGUACUUCACAUGGAGUUGGGUGAUUUGCUUUUUCUCAAGUGCAAUCAUUUCACACAAUAAAAUGUCUGCGUGGGUGGAGUAUGGAUGUGAUGUCAUCGGUACCUGGUGCUACUUUUAUUUGUCUUUGUCUCCAAAUCGCCCAUCCCUGCAUCUUGAGAGAGGGUGGUGGCCUCACAGAAAAGCUGGGCACGGUUAUGGAAAAAGCCCUCUGAAACUCUACAUUUUCUGAAUCCACCUUUUCACAUCGCCUAGUGGGUUGGCAAAUCAACUGCUUGCAUAAGCCAUAAUCUUAACCCAUGAAUUUAAAUACUAUGUUUGAAGUAGACUAACUGCAUUUGAUUUCGUUUGCUGAUACCAAAACAUGACGUCACCUGGGGGUAGAUUCAACUAACACGCGAUUAGAGUUGCUGCUACUUAUGUCAUGAAGUCUGCCCCUCUCCUCCUGUGCUUAUCUUUGUAAGGAAAAUAAAACCAUUACGUGAACUUUGGAUGCUUCAGCAUCUCAGAGUUGACAUGUUUCAAUAAACCAUAGAAAGAC